AGAAGCCAGAAUGACGGGCGCCAAUAUCGACUACGACUACCUGCUCAAGUUCCUGGUCCUCGGGGACUCCGGCGUGGGCAAAACCUGCCUGCUCUACCAGUACACGGACGGCCGGUUCCACACCCAGUUCAUCUCCACCGUGGGCAUCGACUUCCGCGAGAAGCGACUGUUGUACAACUCCCGCGGGCGGCGGCACCGCAUCCACCUGCAGAUCUGGGACACCGCCGGCCAGGAGCGCUUCCGGUCGCUGACGACGGCCUUCUACCGGGACGCCAUGGGCUUCCUGCUGAUCUUCGACCUGACCAGCGAGAAGAGCUUCCUGGAGACGGCCAACUGGCUGUCGCAGCUGCGGACGCACGCCUACUCGGAGGACCCCGACGUGGUGCUCUGCGGCAACAAGUGCGACCUGCUGCAGCUGCGCGUGGUGAGCCGCGACCAGGUGGCGGCGCUCUGCCGGCGCUACCGGCUGCCCUACAUCGAGACGAGCGCCUGCACCGGGGCGAAUGUGAAGGAGGCCGUCGAGCUGCUCGUGGGCCGCGUCAUGGAGCGGAUCGAGAACGCGGCCUGCAACCGGGAGUUCUCCCUGCUGCUCACCCAGUCGCGCUGCCUCCCGAACAUCGCCUACGGGCAGCCGGAUGACCUGCUGCGCCUCCACGAGCGGCGGGAGGAGGCCCCCCAGCGGCGGGGGAACUGCCGCAACUGCUAA